AUGGUGGCCCUGAAAUUAGUGGUUUUCGUUGUUUCAGCAUUAUUGCUUGGUCUCACUGAAGCCGAAAACAAUUUUAAAAUCUACCAUGCAGAUGAGUUCCCAGUUCAAGCCUGUACUGGGCUCUUGGGCAAAACUGCUAAAUUUGAUGAAAGCAAAAAGCCAACCUAUUGUCUGGCUAAAAAUCAACCUGCUUUAGGAACAAUGGCUGAGUGUAUUGAACGGUUAGCCAAGACAAGAAAUAAAAACUCAAGAAGGUUGUUUCUCAAGAGUUGUAAAAAGCAAAACUUGACUGAAGAGAAAUACCUUGACGCUUUUGCCAAUGCUACUGAAUUUGGAUUUGUUAACGUUACUCAAGAUAAAAGUUUUAAUAAAACUAAACCAUACUAUAAGCCAAUUUAUUUGCUGCCAAAAAAGAUAGACGCUGCAUACGACGCUGUUGCUACGAGAUGGUACAAUUACAAUUAUGCACACUGGUUUGGUAUUUCCCUAAUGUGUUACUGGAUUGGAGUAGUAUUGUUUGCAGGAGUUGUCAAUUUGCUUUCAUUUAUUUGUCCAAAUUUUAUCAAGUCGUUAAAAGGAAGAGCAGUUAACACAUUCCGUAGUUGGAUCACACUUCCUGCAUUGUUCAACAAAACACAUGCUCAUCAUAAGACCUUUUUCAAACAUGUUCACGUGAUGUUUCCCACGAGAUUGGAGUCAUUUAUAAUGUUUGGAUGGUUUGUAAUGGCCUUGGUUAUGUCGUGUACAAACUAUCAUCAUGUCAAACCAAACUACAUUUGGCCUCAAGAAUGGAAUGAAAUGGGUAGGAAAAUCGGUGACCGAACUGGUAUAAUGGUGUUGUGGUGUAUGCCUGUACUAGUAUUGUUUGCCGGUAGAAAUAACUUUUUGCAAUGGAUCAGUGGUUGGCCACAAGCAAGAUUUCUUUACUUCCACAAAUGGGUUUCCGCAAAUGUGUUCCUCCUUUCAAUUGUGCAUAGUGUUGGUAUGACUUUUAAUGGUAGAGGUAUUGGCAAAUAUGGUUCGAGAAUGGCUAAACCUUAUGUUAGAUGGGGUGUUGUCAGCAUGGUCAUCUUUGGGAUCAUGUGUGUUCAAGCAUUGGCUGCUUUUCGAAGAAACAACUAUGAGUUAUUCUUAUUGGCGCAUAUUAUAUUGGCGGCAUUUUCCAUAGCUGGAUUAUGGAUCCAUACCUCGGACCAAGGACUUGCUAUGUGGAUGUAUGGAGCUGUUUCCGUAUGGGUAUUUGAUAGAGCAGUACGCAUUGCAAGACUAUUUGUUUUUGGAUUGCGUAAAGCUCAAGUCGAAUUGAUUGCAAAUGAAACUUUAAAAGUCACGGUCAAAAGACCUGCUCAUUGGAUUCCAUUUCCCGGAUGCCAUGCUUUUAUAUACUUUAUGAGACCAACAUGUUUUUGGCAGUCGCAUCCAUUCACCGUUGUUGAUUCAGUUGAGCAAGAUUGCACCAUUACUUUUUAUUUAAAAGUUAAGGGUGGUAUGACUCACGGUUUAUAUCAAUACUUGUCCAAACAACCAGGUCAAAAAGCGCACAUAAAUGUAUCGGUUGAAGGGCCAUAUGGUAAUCCAAUGCCUAUCAACAGGUAUGAGUCUGGCCUUUUCAUUGCAGGGGGAAAUGGUAUUCCGGGUAUUUAUUAUGAAGCCACUUCGAUUGCCAAAAAAAUGGGCUCAAAGAGAAAUAUCAAAUUGAUAUGGGUUAUCCGUCAUUAUCGUUCAUUAGAAUGGUUCUACCCAGAAUUACAGAAAUUGGAAAGCUUACCUAUAGAAACUACUAUUUAUGUCACGCAACCACAUGUUGGUUUAGUUGAACCAAUCGUGACUAAUAAUACAGAUGAUGAAGUAGGACAAGAAGAAGAACAAGAAAAGAAAUCAGAUAGCGAAGAGAGUCUGGAAUACAUUGCCAAAUCUAAAAAAGAUUUGACACAUAUUGAAUUCAUUGAAACGAGACCAGAUCUUUAUGCCAUUGUUGGUGAGGAGAUAAGCGCAACUGCUACACCUUUGGCAAUUGCAAGUUGUGCUCAUGGUAAUAUGGUUGACGAUAUUCGAAAAUCUGUUUGUGACCAUUUGAACAACUCUACUCAUAGAAUUGAAUUGUUUGAACAGGUACAAACUUGGUAA